UUACUAUGUAAUUUGAGGGAAUUUAAUACAUUUUUGGGGGUCAAAUUAAUGUCAAAAGUAGAUUUUUUGGGGGGCAUUUUAGCUAACCCUAAUCCAAACUCAUGAAUAGCAUAGCUGGCUGUGCCUUGAGUAAGGCACUUAACCGAAAUUUGCUCCAGGGGCACCAUACUACUAUGGCUGACGGUUUGAAAACAGCACAUUUCACUGCACCAAACCCGUUUAUGUGACAUCCUCUUCAUGCUACGAAACUCAGGGACUUUUAUUUUGAAACGUCUUUCGGCGUUCAUGACACCGGAAGUAGACUCCACGUUGCGGAAGCAAGCACAAAACAGCGGCAGCACACAUGUUGAAGCAAAAUCAUCAUACGACGAGAAUGGAAUUAAAUUUGAACAACAACAAAACAAGCUCACAAGACUUGCUCGCGUGUGGCAACGGAGGAGGUCUUCAUGACAAGCUUCUCCUCAAGUCGAAGGGGCCCAAGACUGGCAGUUCUUUGCAAACCGAGAGGAUCCCAAGAAGUAGUGUUAUGGACAGACUGCAGAACUUCCUGCCCCAGAUGGCCCAGGCCAAUGAGAAGCUCAAGUUGCAGAUGGAGCAGGCACCUGAGGGCCACUAUGACAUAGAGAGGGUGGAGGAGUCUGGAAAGGUCAUAGAGAUGGAUGUGUCGCUGGUGGAGCUCAGUAGUUCAGACAGCGACUCGGACAGAGAGUCUUCACAGGACAACGACGCUAACUCAGACUCUGAGGAGGGGAGUGCGCUCACAGAGGAGAACCUCAAACUGCCUGGCAACAGCCAGAGGCAGAAAAAGAAGGUUCAUAUCCAAGUCCUGGAGAAACAAGUGGAUUAGGCCUCUAAAGAGACGACUGGGACAGUUGCCGUGCAGAAUAUUGACAUGCGUUGGCAAAACUAAUCAGCUGACGUGGGAUCAGUUCUCCUCCAAGCCCUUUUCAUAACUGUUAUGAGUGAAAGAAUGAGAACUUACCGUAGGUCAGUGAGGACAUGGUCCUGGAGGGCUAAUGGAUGGAGGUAACCUGCUGCAGUGAGGGAUAAAGGGGACAUUGGGGGAACACUGGUGUCUGUACUGUAAGGGCCAAAUAUCAUGUGUCAACAAGUGUUUCCAUGCUAUCUGAGCUUUGUUUUAUGAAUAGUCCUAGUCCCAGCAUUGUUACGGUUGGUCACAAGGUUUGUGAGCUGUGAAGUUUUUCCCAGAAAAAAAAGUUCCGAAACCGUGUACUGUAUUUCAUAAGUGUAUGAAAUCCAAGGUUGUUGUGUGGUUGUGAAUGACACAGCAUACACAAACGCUCAUGUUUAAAAGGAAAAAUGGAAGUAUAGACCAUGACAUUGGAUAAAUAAGAAACGAGUAUUCACCAUUGUACAACAUUUACACUACCGUUCAAGUUUAGGGUCACUGAGAAAUGUCCUUGUUUUUGUCCAUUAAAAUAAUUAAUCAGAAA